AUGCCGAAGGCCUUCAAACCGAGUCAAGAGGCAGCUCGCCAGGCCCUCCGAGCGAAGGCUCUCAAAGGGCAGGGUGGCAGCAAGUCCGACCACUGCUUGUGGGUGGCCAUCAUGGAGGCCUUCGUAGCAUCCAAUGCCCGGCGGUCUUUCUGUUUCGACCUCGGUCUCUCCUAUGAGCGCAUGGUCGAGGCUGAAGCCAGCCGAGCUCAGUUGCUGCGAGGCCUCCGUUCACUGGGCUUCCAGAAGACGGAGGCGGACUGUAACGCCGGAGACUGGCGCGUGGUGCGCGCUGCCGUGGUGGCGGG